UUUAUUUCUUUUCUUCUUCGUUUCGUGACUCUCUCUCUCUCCGCCUCCACAGUCCUCUCGACGUCUCCGCUAAAAGACCAUUAUACCCCUCACCGCCUCUCUCUCUAAAUAAUAAGAACCUCCGCUCUCUGCUGUAUUUUGCUUCUCCGUUCAUCUGCUUCGAUCACUGAAGUGAAAGAUGAUUCCUUACGCUGCUGGUGUCAUUGUCCCUCUAGCUUUAACCCUUUUGGUCCGCAACGCUAAGAAAGACAAGAAACGAGGCGUGGUCGUCGACGACGUCGGUGGAGAGCCGGGUCAUACCGUUAGGAACCACAGGUUCAAAGAUCCCGUCAGCUCCCACUGGGAAGACAUCUCCACUCUCCCGGAGCUAUUCGAGAUCUCGUGCAAAAGCCACAGCGACAGGUUCUUCCUUGGCACCAGGAGGUUGAUCGCUAGAGAGGUCGAGACUAGCGAGGACGGGAAGGUCUUUGAGAAGCUUCAUUUGGGUGAUUACGAGUGGAAGACCUUUGGGGAGACGCUUGACGCUGUGUGUAGUUUUGCUUCUGGUUUGGUUCAGAUUGGGCACAAGUCUGAGGAACGUGUGGCUAUUUUUGCGGAUACGAGAGAAGAGUGGUUUAUUGCGUUACAGGGCUGCUUCAGGCGCAACGUCACUGUGGUUACUAUCUACUCGUCUUUAGGAGAGGAAGCUCUUUGUCACUCGCUUAAUGAGACAGAGGUCACAACCGUGAUCUGUGGUAACAAAGAACUCAAGAAGCUCAUGGACAUAAGCCAACAGCUUGAGACUGUCAAACGCGUCAUUUGCAUGGAUGACGAGUUCCCAUCUGAAGCGAGCAGUACUUGGACGACGACUUCGCUCGCUGAUGUUCAGAAACUUGGGCGUGAAAGUCCUGUUGAUCCUAGCUUCCCACUUUCAGCUGAUGUUGCUGUUAUAAUGUACACUAGUGGAAGCACUGGUCUCCCCAAGGGUGUUAUGAUGACGCAUGGUAAUGUCCUAGCUACAGUUUCAGCAGUGAUGACAAUUGUUCCAGACCUCGGGAAGAGGGACACAUACAUGGCGUAUUUACCUUUGGCUCACAUCCUUGAGUUAGCAGCUGAGAGUGUAAUGGCUACUAUUGGGAGUGCUAUUGGAUAUGGAUCUCCCUUGACGCUCACUGAUACUUCAAACAAGAUUAAAAAGGGCACAAAGGGAGAUGUCACAGCGCUGAAGCCUACUAUAAUGACAGCUGUUCCAGCUAUUCUUGAUCGUGUCAGGGACGGUGUCCGCAAAAAGGUUGAUGCAAAGGGAGGAGCGGCAAAGAAACUGUUUGACUUUGCAUAUGCGAGGAGAUUAUCUGCAAUGAAUGGAAGCUGGUUUGGAGCCUGGGGACUGGAGAAGCUCCUAUGGGAUGUGCUUGUGUUUGGUAAAAUCCGUGCAGUAUUGGGAGGUCAGCUCCGUUACUUGCUCUCUGGUGGAGCACCUCUUUCUGGUGACACUCAGAGAUUCAUUAACAUAUGCGUUGGGGCUCCGAUCGGUCAGGGAUAUGGGCUAACAGAGACUUGUGCUGGUGGAACCUUCUCGGAGUUUGAUGACACAUCCGUUGGCCGUGUGGGAGCUCCUCUUCCUUGCUCCUUUGUUAAGCUAAUAGACUGGCCGGAAGGUGGCUACUUGAUCAGUGAUAAGCCAAUGCCUCGUGGUGAAAUUGUAAUUGGUGGCUCAAAUAUUACACUUGGGUAUUUCAAAAAUGAAGAGAAGACUAAAGAAGUCUACAAGGUUGAUGAAAAGGGGAUGAGGUGGUUCUACACAGGAGACAUAGGACAGUUUCACCCUGAUGGUUGCCUUGAGAUAAUAGACAGAAAGAAGGAUAUUGUUAAGCUUCAGCAUGGGGAAUAUGUCUCCUUGGGCAAAGUGGAAGCUGCUCUCAGUAUAAGCCCUUGCGUUGAAAACAUAAUGGUUCAUGCUGAUCCGUUUUACAGCUACUGUGUGGCUCUUGUGGUCGCUGCGCAACAAACACUUGAAGGUUGGGCAUCAAAGCAAGGAAUAGAGUUCACCAACUUCGAAGAGCUGUGUGCGAAAGAACAGGCCGUGAAAGAAGUGUAUGCGUCUCUUGUCAAGGCGGCUAAACAAUCACGGUUGGAGAAGUUUGAGAUACCAGCAAAGAUCAAAGUGUUGGCGGCUCCAUGGACGCCGGAGUCAGGGUUAGUGACAGCAGCACUAAAGCUUAAAAGAGAUGUAAUUAGGAAGGAGUUCUCUGAAGAUCUCACCAAGCUAUAUGCUUCCUAAAUCUUCUUCUUUGUUUUCUCUAAAACACAACUUGUCUGUGUUGCUCUUUAGUUGAUUUGCUUGAGAGUAGAAAAAGAGUUGUAGACACAAAAACAUUACUGGAGUUCAAACAAUCUAUAUGCUCUCAUACUAUAACCAUUGCAAAGUGUUAAUCAAUUUGUGAGGAUCAUAUUAUCUCUCU